AUGGUGUCCAAGAAGGCUCGUGCCGCCGCGGCUUGCGCUGGCUUGGGAGGGUUGGCUUUUGUGGCAACGCCAGGAUCAGUUGCUCGCCAUGUGCCAGCUGUUGAGAUGGCAGCCGGCAAGGCUGCCGCUGCAGAGACCAGCAACAGUGCUUUCACUGUUGGUGCUGCUGCCAUGACAGCUGCUGGCGCAGUGGCUGCUUCGACCCGAAGAAAGGGGCGAACAUCCAAAGUCACUGCCCGUGCUGAAGUGGCCCCUGGUGAGAAGGUGGUUGGCAUUGACCUUGGCACCACCAACUCUGCUGUGGCUGCCAUGGAGGCUGGUUCUCCAACCGUGAUCCCGAACGCAGAGGGAGCACGAACCACACCCAGCGUUGUGGCCUACUCCAAGAGUGGCGAGCUUUUGGUGGGCCAGAUUGCGAAGCGUCAGGCGGUGGUGAAUCCAGAGAACACCUUCUACUCAGUGAAGCGCUUUGUUGGCCGCCAACCCAAUGAAGUGGAGGAAGAGCUGAAGGAGGUGUCAUACAAGGUGGAUUUCGAGGGCCAAAAAGUGAAGAUUGACUGCCCCGUGAUGAGCAAGAAGUUUGCACCGGAGGAGGUCUCUGCACAGGUGCUGCGAAAGCUGAGCGCAGACGCCGGCAAGUACCUCAGCGCCACGGUCCAGAAGGCUGUAGUGACUGUCCCAGCCUACUUCAAUGACUCCCAGCGUCAGGCCACGAAGGAUGCCGGAAAGAUUGCUGGGUUGGAUGUGCUGCGUAUCGUGAACGAGCCAACCGCUGCAUCUUUGGCAUAUGGUCUGGAGAAGAAGAACAACGAGACCAUUUUGGUGUUUGACUUGGGAGGUGGCACCUUUGACGUCUCCGUUUUGGAGGUUGGUGACGGUGUGUGCGAAGUGUUGGCCACGCACGGUGACACUCACCUGGGUGGUGAUGACUUCGACAAGGUCAUUGUCGACUGGCUGGCUGAGGACUUUCAGAAGACUGAGGGCAUCGACCUCCUGAAGGACCGGCAAGCACUGCAGCGUUUGACGGAGGCAGCUGAGAAGGCUAAGAUGGAGCUUUCAGGCGUGCAAGAGGCCAAGAUCUCUUUGCCUUUCAUCACGGCUGAUGCCUCUGGUCCCAAGCACAUCGAAGAGAGCUUAUCCCGCGCAAAGUUUGAGCAGCUUGCAAGCAAGCUCAUCACUCGAUGCAGGACGCCAGUGGAGAGCGCUAUGAAGGAUGCAAAACUUAGUCCGAGCGACAUCGAUGAAAUCGUCUUGGUCGGUGGCUCCACACGCAUCCCAGCAAUCCAGGAUUUGGCUUCAGAGUUGGUUGGCGGGAAGAAACCCAAUCAGAGCGUGAACCCUGAUGAGGUUGUGGCAGUCGGUGCUGCCGUCCAGGCUGGUGUGCUGGCAGGAGAUGUGAAGGACAUUGUGCUGCUGGACGUGACGCCUCUUUCUUUGGGUGUCGAGACUCUUGGUGGUGUGGCCACCGUGUUGAUCCCCAGGAACACCACCAUCCCAACCAAGAAGACGGAGGUCUUCUCCACUGCCACCGACUCUCAGCCAUCCGUCGAGAUUGUGGUGCUGCAGGGCGAGCGACAGUUCGCCAAGGACAACAAGAUCCUUGGCACUUUCCGUCUGGAUGGCGUGCCUCCUGCUCCUCGUGGUGUUCCCCAGAUCGAAGUGACCUUCGAUAUCGAUGCCAACGGUAUCUUGAACGUUGCCGCAAAGGACCGUGGUACCGGCAAGGAGCAAACCAUCACCAUCGCUGGUUCCUCCACCCUGGACAAGACAGAUGUCGAGAAGAUGGUUCAAGAUGCCGAGGCCAACGCUGCAGAGGAUGAGAAGCGCAAGGAGGCAGUUGAGACUAAGAACAAUGCAGAGAGCCUGGUGUACCAGACUGAGAAGCAGCUGCAAGAACUGGGUGAAAAAGUGCCUGCUGACCUCAAGGCCACCAUUGACCCCAAGUUGCAGGCCUUGAAGGACAAGGUUGGGGAGGCCGAGCCAGACACUGAACUGCUGAAGACCAUGACGAAGGACCUGCAAGAGGAGCUGAUGAAGGUUGGCCAGGCCGCCUAUGCCAACACUGGAAGCCCUCCUCCAGGUGAUGCAGCUGAGGCAGGAUCUCCACCCCCUGGCGAUGCCAAGGCAGAGGCCAAGGCCAAGGACGACGUCAUCGACGUGGAUGGACAGUGA